CAAAUUAUCAGCAGACGUACCGCCGCUAGCCUUUAGCAGCUGGUUCAUUCAUCUGCCGCAAACAUGCAGGAAUGGGCCAACCAGUUAUGCGAGAACCGACAGUUUGGGUCCAAGAUGACAGACUCCAAGUACUUCACCACUACUAAGAAAGGGGAAAUAUUUGAGCUCAAAGCAGAGCUAAACAGUGACAAGAAAGAGAAGAAGAAGGAGGCUGUGAAAAAGGUCAUAGCAUCAAUGACAGUAGGCAAAGAUGUCAGUGCUCUGUUUCCAGAUGUUGUGAACUGCAUGCAAACUGACAACCUGGAACUAAAAAAGUUGGUUUACCUCUACUUGAUGAACUAUGCCAAAAGUCAGCCAGACAUGGCUAUCAUGGCUGUUAACACCUUUGUGAAGGACUGUGAAGAUCCCAACCCUCUAAUCCGAGCACUUGCUGUUCGUACAAUGGGCUGUAUUCGUGUGGACAAGAUCACCGAGUACCUCUGUGAGCCUCUAAGAAAAUGUUUGAAGGAUGAAGACCCCUAUGUGAGGAAGACAGCUGCUGUGUGUGUAGCAAAGCUUCAUGACAUUAAUGCCCAGCUGGUAGAGGACCAAGGCUUCCUGGACACCCUUAAAGAUCUCAUUUCAGACUCCAACCCUAUGGUUGUUGCAAAUGCAGUAGCAGCACUGUCUGAAAUUGCAGAGUCUCAUCCCAAUAGUAAUCUGAUGGACCUAAACCCUCAGACCAUUAAUAAGUUGCUGACAGCUCUUAAUGAAUGUACAGAGUGGGGACAGAUAUUUAUCCUUGACUGUCUGGCCAAUUACACCCCUCGUGAUGACCGUGAGUCUCAAAGCAUCUGUGAGCGUGUCACCCCGCGGCUCUCCCAUGCCAACUCUGCCGUGGUGCUGUCAGCAGUUAAAGUUUUAAUGAAGUUCAUGGAAAUGCUCCCCAAAGAUUUGGAUUAUUAUGGCACCCUGCUGAAGAAGCUCGCUCCACCACUGGUCACUCUCCUUUCUGCUGAGCCUGAGUUGCAGUAUGUGGCACUUAGAAACAUCAACCUUAUUGUCCAGAGACGCCCAGAGAUCCUGAAACAUGAAAUGAAGGUUUUCUUUGUCAAGUACAACGACCCAAUUUAUGUCAAACUGGAGAAGCUGGACAUCAUGAUUCGCCUUGCAUCGCAAGCCAACAUUGCCCAGGUGCUGGCUGAGUUAAAGGAGUAUGCCACUGAGGUGGAUGUGGACUUUGUGCGUAAAGCAGUCAGGGCCAUUGGCCGCUGUGCCAUCAAAGUGGAGCAAUCAGCCGAGCGCUGUGUCAGCACACUGCUAGAUCUCAUACAGACCAAGGUCAAUUAUGUGGUGCAGGAGGCCAUUGUAGUCAUCAAGGACAUUUUUCGCAAGUACCCCAACAAGUAUGAGAGUGUGAUUGCCACUCUGUGUGAGAAUCUUGACUCAUUGGAUGAGCCAGAGGCACGUGCUGCCAUGAUCUGGAUUGUAGGGGAGUAUGCUGAGCGCAUUGACAAUGCUGAUGAGCUGCUGGAAAGCUUUCUGGAGGGCUUCCAUGAUGAAAGCACCCAGGUGCAGUUGCAGCUAUUGACGGCAAUUGUCAAGUUGUUCCUGAAAAAGCCCACAGAGACACAGGAGCUGGUGCAGCAGGUUCUAAGCUUAGCCACACAGGAUUCAGAUAACCCAGACCUCAGGGACAGAGGCUACAUCUACUGGCGUCUGCUCUCUACGGAUCCUGUUGCUGCCAAGGAGGUGGUUUUGGCUGAGAAGCCUCUAAUUUCUGAGGAGACCGAUCUGAUUGAGCCGACCCUGCUGGAGGAGCUUAUCUGCCACAUUGGUACUCUGGCCUCCGUCUACCACAAGCCCCCCAAUGCCUUUGUUGAGGGCAGCCGUGGUGUUCAGCACAAGAGACUUCCAGGCAGUGCUGGAUCUGGGGAGAGUGUUGAGAGCCCAGACACGGGCUCUGCUGCUGGGGUUUCUGAUGCUCCACCUGCUGUCAUCCCAUCCCAGGGAGACCUCCUGGGUGAUCUUCUCAAUCUUGAUUUGACUCCCCCUACCACCACAGGACCACCACCACCAGUCACCUCUGGUGUGCAGAUGGGUGCUAUGGAUCUUCUUGGAGGAGGACUGGAUAGCCUGAUGGGAGAUGAGUCUGAGCCGCCACCCAUUCCUUUGCGGAUGAUCACACCUCAGUCACCACAACAGUCCCCAUCACCCCCAGAAUACAGCCCCUCUGAGCUUGGUGGAGACCUUGGAGGAAAUUCUGCUAUGGGAGCUGGUUUUGGUGCUGCUCCAGCUGCAAUGCCAGCCUCAUUCAAUGCCCCCUUUAGUGGUGGCCUGGAUGACCUGUUUGAUCUCGGAGGUGGAGCUGGUAUGCCUAUGGGAGCCUUUAGUCCCCCCAAAAUGGUUUGGCUGCCAGCUGCGAAAGGCAAGGGCCUUGAAAUUUCAGGCACUUUUGCUCGCCGUGCUGGGGUCUUCCAAAUGGAGAUGACCCUGACAAAUAAAGCAAUGAGUGUGAUGACAGAUUUUGCCAUCCAGUUCAACAGAAACAGCUUUGGUAUUGCUCCUGCUGGUCCCCUUCAGGUUCUGACCCCUCUGAGCCCAAACCAGAGUAUUGAAGUGACCCUUCCUCUCAACACUGUUGGACCUGUAAUGAAGAUGGAUCCCCUCAACAACCUGCAGGUGGCUGUUAAGAACAACAUUGAUGUGUUUUACUUCAGCUGCCAGUACCCCAUCAGCAUGCUGUUUGUAGAGGAUGGGAAGAUGGAACGGCAAGUUUUUCUUGCCACAUGGAAAGACAUUCCUAAUGACAACGAGUCCCAGUUUCAGAUCAAAGACUGCCAUCUCAGCUCAGAUGCAGCCUCCAACAAACUUCAAGGAAGCAACAUCUUCACCAUAGCCAAACGCACAGUGGAUGGGCAGGACAUGCUGUAUCAGUCCAUGAAACUCACCAAUGGCAUCUGGAUGCUGGCAGAGCUCAGGCUUCAGGCAGGAAACCCAAACUACACUGUCUCUUUGAAAUGCAGAGCUCCGGAGGUUUCCCAGUGUGUGUUCCAGAGCUACGAGGCCGUGCUGAAGAACUGAACGGACGCUCGAGCGUCCAUCCAGCCGCUGCACCUCAGAGCUCCCAGCAUCAUCAUCUUCUGCUGCUCUCUCUCUCGCCUGACCCACAACCGUGUAAGAGGCUCACGCAGCGCAGGAACGCCUUCCUGCAGUGUCUGACUGCGGUCUCUGUCAUGCCCUUUCAUUAAAAUAUUUAAUGGUCCGUUGUAACCCUUUUAAAUAUCACCGUUACGUCCCCUAAGACUAAAAUCUUCUGGGUUCACUCUUUGGGCUCUGUCUCCUCUUUGUUUAUCCUCCCUACAUCCUUGAGUUCCAUCAUCUCAAGCUAAAAUAAAAUAUCAGAGCAGCUUGAACACCCCCACCAAAUUAAAAAAAAUAAAAAAUCACGUAAUGACCCUUUUUCAUUCAGGGACAGACGGCUGCCAGAUUUCUGUCCCUCCAUGAGGCUAAUAAUUUUCUAGCCCCUUCUGGGUAGAUUUAAGUCUAUUUUUAGCAUCUGCAAUCAGCAGGUGAAUCGUCACUUUCAGCAUAUUUAUUUGUGGGUAAUUUCGGUUGAGGUGCAGUAGAAAGAGGCUGCCUGUGCCGGGUAGCUGUCGGCUGCAGGAGCCCAACAUGAGACACGAACACCUUAAACUACGCUAUUGUUUCUUGUCAUUUUUUAAGUUUUGUUUGUGUGGAACAGCAGAUUUGAAUCUGAGAGCAGAAUGUUUGUGUGCGUGGAAACUGUUUCUUUACAUUUUUACAUCAGUGUACCUUACUAUUUUAUGGACUAGCAGCAAGAAGUUGCUGACUGCUCUUUUGCUUUGUCAUUCCAUGGUUUAAUUUGUGUGUAAGUGUACAUGUGGCAAACUGGGAGAGAGCCUCGGGGUGUGCGGACGUUUAGUUUCCUCUUCUUCGCCGCUUCUCCGUGCGUCAGCAGCAGCCUCUUGGGCUCUUUGCCACUUUGCUCUUUGUGUGUCUCCAUGUUCCACGGCCACUGGAGAUGAAGGCCCGAGUGACAUAGUCAUAUGAUUUGUUACAUUCUCGAGGAGGGAUAAAAUAAACCCCUAAAUGUAGGUGGUGUUACCUGAAGCAGGGUGAGAACGUGUGAUCCAGCCGUUUCCCUCAGCUGUCAUGGAUAAGUGCACCUUGAUCGAACUCUUCUGAGUGUGUGGCGACGGCUGAUUCAGAUUAAAUGCUGUAUUAAUUAAUCAGGUGUUUAAUCAGAUGUUUUUGAUUUACUUAGCUUUGUUUGUUGUGCGUACAACAUUUGAGAAGAAUU